AUGUCAGCGGGAACGCGCCUAAGAACAUCGAGUCUUGAACAUUGCACAAUCCUCCUGGAAUCUUGCAUUCAAUCAAAAUCUCUGUCUCAAGGCAAGCUGAUCCAUCAAUGUCUGCUCAAAACCCACUUUGCCAAUCUCAAAAAUUUUGAUGUGCUCUUCGAAAAGCUCACUGAUUUAUAUGUAGCUUGUAAUGAACUCAAAAUUGCACGCCAUGUGUUUCAUAAAAUUCCCCACAGGCCCAAAAAUGUUGUUUUAUGGAAUUCAUUGAUAAGAGCUUAUGCUUGGAAUGGACCCUUUGAAGAAGCCAUUGAUUUGUAUUAUGAAAUGGUGGGUUAUGGUAUCACACCCAACAGGUUCACCUUCCCUUUUGUUCUCAAAGCGUGUUCUGCUCUUAAAGCAGUAGAUGAAGGAAGAGAGAUUCAUUUUGACAUCAAAAGACUCCGGCUUGAAUCUAAUGUCUAUGUUUCCACUGCUUUGGUUGAUUUUUAUGCUAAAUGUGGGCGUUUGGAUGAUGCAAACGAAGUGUUUGAUGAAAUGCAUAAAAGGGAUGUUGUUGCAUGGAAUUCGAUGAUUUCGGGGUUUUCUUUACAUAAUGGUUCCUAUUAUGAGGCGAUACGAUUUCUUGUUCAAAUGCAAAAGGACGUGAGUCCCAAUUCAUCAACAAUUGUUGGUGUACUUCCUGCUGUUGCUCAAGCGAAUUCAUUGAGACAUGGCAAGGAAAUUCAUGGAUUUUGUGUUAGGAGAGGAUUUUUUGGCGAUGUAGUGGUUGGAACUGGGAUUUUGGAUGUGUACGGGAAAUGUCAGUGCAUAGAUUAUGCCAGGAGAAUUUUUGACAUGAUGGGUGUUGUCAAGAAUGAGGUGACUUGGAGUGCUAUGAUUGGUGCAUAUGUUGUGUGUGAUUUUAUGAGGGACGCAUUGGAACUAUUUUGUCACUUGUUGGUGCUCAAGGAUGAUGGAAUUAUUCUUUCAGCAGCAACUCUUGCUACUGUUCUUCGAGUUUGUGCAAAAUUAACUGAUUUAAGCAGGGGAAGAUGCUUGCAUUGUUAUGCCAUAAAGUCAGGAUUUGUUUCGGAUUUGAUGGUUGGAAAUACUUUGCUUUCAAUGUAUGCCAAGUGUGGGAUUACCGAUGAUGCAAUGAGGUUUUUUAAUGAAAUGGAUUCAAGAGAUGCAGUUUCAUUCAGUGCUAUCAUUUCAGGCUAUGUUCAAAAUGGUAAUUCUGAAGAGGGUUUGCGUAUGUUCCUCAAGAUGCAGUCCUCUGGGAUGAAUCCAGAAAAAGCAACCAUGGCAAGUAUCCUGCCAGCUUGUGCUCAUUUGGCUGCUUUACAGCAUGGGUCUUGCAGCCAUUGUUAUGCAAUCAUUCGUGGAUUUACUGCUGAUACCAUGAUUUGUAAUGCUCUUAUUGAUAUGUACGCAAAAUGUGGGAGGAUUGCCACUGCUAGGAAAGUUUUUGAUAGGAUUUAUAAGCGGGAUAUUGUGUCAUGGAAUACCAUGAUAACUGCUUAUGGAAUUCAUGGGAUUGGAACGGAAGCGCUAUUGUUGUUUGACCACAUGCGGGCAGAAGGUUUAAAGCCAGAUGAUGUGACUUUUGUUUGCCUUAUAUCUGCUUGCAGCCAUUCAGGACAUGUUGCCGAAGGCAAAUACUGGUUUAAUGCCAUGACCCAAGAUUUUGGAAUCAUCCCCAGAAUGGAGCAUUAUGCAUGCAUGGUUGAUCUUUUAAGCAGGGCUGGGCUUUUCAAAGAGGUACACAAUUUCAUUGAAAAGAUGCCACUUGAUCCUGAUGUUCGUGUAUGGGGUGCCCUGCUUGCUGCUUGUCGAGUCUAUAAGAAUGUCAAACUAGGGGAAGAAGUAUCAAAGAAAAUUCAAAGGCUAGGACCUGAAAGUACUGGGAACUUUGUUCUCCUAUCCAAUAUGUAUAGUGCUGUUGGGAGAUGGGAUGAUGCAGCAGAGGUUAGAAUCACACAAAAGGAACAGGGUUUUAAGAAAAGUCCUGGAUGCAGCUGGAUUGAAAUAAGUGGGGUCGUCCAUACGUUUGUUGGUGGUGGAGAUAGGUGCCACCCGCUGCUGACACAGAUAAGCAACAAACUUGAUGAACUGCUAGUGGAUAUGAAAAGGUUGGGUUACCACGCAGAAUCUAGCUAUGUUUUCCAAGACAUCGAGGAAGAGGAGAAGGAACACGUCCUCCUUUAUCAUAGUGAGAAACUAGCUAUUGCAUUAGGAAUUCUUAGUUUGAGUCCCAACAAGCCCAUCUUAGUAACUAAGAAUUUGCGAGUUUGUGGUGAUUGCCACACUGCUAUUAAAUUUAUUUCUCUUGUAACAAAGAGAGACAUAACAGUAAGAGAUGCAAGUCGAUUUCAUCAUUUCAAGGAUGGAAUUUGCAAUUGUGGAGAUUUCUGGUAA